GGUAAAAAUGCCCUAAAAGCGCCCUAGCGAAGGCAUGGCAGUGGGCUUCAAGCGCCCGAUCGUCACAUUCAACAGAUGGAAGAUUUUGCGAGGCGACAAGGUGAAGAUCAUCACUGGAAAUGAUAAAGGCCUGACUGGGACGGUUAAGGAGGUUUUCCGGAAGAGAAACAAAGUGAUUGUGGAGGGCAGGAAUCUGGUGAAGCGGCAUGUCAAGCGCACCGUAGACAAUCUGACCGGCGUUGUGACCAAAGAGUCUCCGAUCCACGUUUCCAACGUCAUGCUUGUGGAUCCAGUUAGCGGGGGUCGAGUGAGAAGCAAAUGUGGCUUCCUGCAGGACGGGAGCAAAGUGAGGAUAUCCGUUGGCACGCUUGCGACAGGGAGCGUCAUACCCAGGCCUGCCUGCCUAGCGUUCAAAAAAGUUCGUCUGGAUGGUGGCCCCAAGAAUACACUCAAGGACGACGUGCUGGAGAGGACCUACGAUCCUGCCAUAGGCCUGGGCAUCCAUCCGUCCCGCAACUUCUUCUGGAUGUACGAGCCAGUGUAUCCAGUGCUACCACGCUUCCCACCCAGCGAAGCCAGAGGGCCUCGAGCUUAUGACUACUACAGGAACCUCAACCAGGCUCCCAACAGGCUGCCCUACACUCCGUCAAAACGAGAGCAACGGGCUGCCAGGCUCAAGGAGAAGCAGGAAGUGAUUGCUGCUAUUGCUGCUCAGCAGAAACAGAAGGAGCAGGCAUCAUGAAGAGCCAUAGCUGUUUUUCACGAAACACCAAAGUCACUUCUCCACUGCAAUAACCUGAGUUGGUCCCGCUGCUGAAACUGCCGAAAGGGCCGAGCCUGUCAAAGCUAAUGAUCCUCGCACAAAGUCAGUCGCUUUUUUCGCUCCUUGCCACAAGCACCACCAGAACAAGAUCCAAGCUGCAAGACAGAGUGCAUUUAGUUGCUUUGUGACAAGGACUGCCUCACCUGUAACUAGGAUGGCUGCACCGAUUGUGCUGAGAGCAAUGCAGGAGAUUGCCACGGCAGCUGUUA